CGGGAGGGGGGCGCUGCCCACAGAGCGCUGCGGGCGGCCACGCUCCUGGGAGCUAGGUGGCCUCGGGACUGCCGCCCGCGCAGGCCGGGGGGGCGCCAAGGCGACCCCAGUGGGACAGGGCACCUCUCCCUCGCCGCCCUGCUGGCGGGCAGCGCCCGUCCGCGGCCCCUUCCACCCCCCUCCGCCCCUGGCUGGAGGAACGCCGGCGGCCCGCAGCAAGGCCGCCCGCCCGCCCGCCCCGCGGGGCCUCUCUCGGGCGCUCCAGCGGAGCCCUGCGCUGCCGGCAGAGCCGGUCCCGCGGCCUCGAGAGGCGACGCGAGGGAGCGCGACAGCCCUUCCUCCAUGUCCGUUCCCUUCCUCAGGGGGGAGACCUGAGGCGCCCCGCGGAGCGGCAGCUCCCAGCCGGCGGUGCAGGAGCGGGCCGGCUGACGGACGUAGCGGCCUAAGGACCCCGCGGCUGCGCCGGAGCAGUUCAAAAGGGGGAGAGAGGUGUGAGGCGGUGGUCGCGGCCAUCCCGCCGCCAUGGCCGGCGCGCCCCGCGCGGCUGCGGACCCCCAGGUGCUGGCCUUGGCUGCCCAGGUCACCGAGAGCAGCGAGCAGGACAUCCCCCUGCUGCUUCUGCAGUUAAAGGGAAUUUUAAAUAGUGCCUCCUUGGGAUCUGAAGAAUCAAAAAAAAUUAAGCAAGAUAUAUAUGAUUAUGAUCUUACUCGAUACUGCCUGCUGGUCCUUAGACAAGACCACUCUCGACUGUGUGGUGGCUGGGCUACUGCUACCCAGCUAGCAGAGAUUCUAAGUCGUUGCUGUGUAGGACUAGAGGUGAAAGAAGAUCCUGAGGAAUUUUACAAGACAUUUCUUCCUUCAGCUAUAGACAACCUGCUGGUUUUGGGAAGACGCUUGCAGGCACGAUUUAUCCGAGCAAUGAAGGAUGAAGAAAAACAAGAUUUUUUACACUGGUUCCGAACAGUAACUGAUGCCAUCUGCUGGCUGUUCGGUGGGCAUCUUCAACUAGCAGUGUGCGUACUGCAAAAUGAUCACUUCCUGCAGUUGUUAAUAACAGAUGAUGUUGAAACGGCAGUUAUAACGAUGUCUGUUUUACACAAUAUUUUGAGGGUCAAUAGUUCUGUCUUGUAUCAGGUUGAUGAAGAGACCCUUCACUCUGUUUUGGAUGAACUUGUUUAUAAGCUUUCAUCUACUACCAAUCCUGUCGUGGGAAAUGCUGCUACGAAACUGCUAUUGUUGGUGGCAAAAUUUUGCAAGCAGCUUGUGAAGUUACUCACAGCUCGCUACAAAGGAUUAAAAGGGCUUUUAAGUAAGCAGUGGACUGGCAAAGGGUUUGAUGGGGAUCUCAGUCAACUCUUGGACCUACUAUACUUGGAACAAUCCAAUGGAAAAGGAGAAAUACAGAGGCAGCAUCAAGCAGCUUGUAUAAUCCAGGCUAUGUGGAGGGGAUUUCAGACAAGGAAAAGGCUGAAAAAACUACCCCAGGCAGUGACCACUUUACAGAGAAGCUUCAGAGCUAAACGAGAACAGGAGUUGCAGCAUUUAAAAAAACAGAAGGAAGAUGAGGCUCUAAAACUGCAAAUGAAACUUCAGAGGCAGAGGGCCAUGAGACGCUUCCAUGAAAGACAGCUGGCCUUACUGGAAACAAUCCAUGCCAGUCAGGUAGAUAAGUACAUGGAGGGAAUGGAGGAGAAAUCAGCAUUAACUAUCCAGAGAUUCUGGCGAGGAUAUAGAGCAAGAAGAAAUUUUCAUCAACAGAGACAAUCUCUUAAGGAGUAUAAAGCAGCUGUGGUCAUUCAGAGAGCAGCUUGUAAAUUCUUGGAAAAACUAAGGAGGAGGAGACCUCUCUCUCCUUGGAAAGAACCCAAGGCACUGACUGAUGAGCGGAGACUGGCUCUGCUGCAGAAGGUGGAUGACUACAUCAAAUUGCAUCCGGCUUCCCAGAUGUCAGAAGAAAGGAGUAAAGAGUUGCAUAUGCAGGCCCAGGAAAAGCUGGCACAGUUCCUGUUGAGGAACAGACUGGAUCAGAGAGCAGCACAGCGAAGAGAGACGUUACUGGCUCAGGUCAACACUGAUGUGGAGCUGCUAAUGAAUGCUCCAAGGUUAGCAGAGACCACAGAAAAAGAUCUUGAUGUCUUUAUGAGUCGAUCAGUCCCUGUAGCUACCAAGGCAAGACAAUCCCACAACACUAUGCUGAAAUACACUCACUGCCCAUGGUGGAAGAAGCUUGGAGAUGAGUUUACAGAGGAUGAUGUCAUUCCUGAUGAUGCCCUAAAUGCAGAACUGGGGACUUUAUUUAUUGGUGGAAGGAAAUCCAUUUAGUAAAGCUAUACAGGAGCGUUAUUGCUACAGCUUCAGCAGUAACAAACAACCUGGAAAACAAAAUCCUCUGAUGGAUAUGGAUAAAAAAGAAGGGACAGUGACUAUUCUGCCAAAAGUGCCACCAGAGUCAUGGAGCAGGAAGAAGGCAGCAAAAGGAACAGAAAAAAAGAUCACUCAGCCCUUUCAGAGCUGGAGACAAAGCAGUGUCCUCUGCUGGCUCCUGCAAUUGAGGAAAAUUCCUAUUUAUGCAGACAGAUCCUUUUUUUCCCCAGCUUUAGCUGUAACUGGACUCUGCAAACAGGAUGCUCACCUCCAGCAGAGACACAGGCGUGUGCUUGAGACUGCGCUGCUGAGUCCAAGGGUGUCUCCUGGCCUUUCAGACUGGCUGUAACAGGAGCUCUGAGCUGAGGACAGGAGAUAACUGCGAUGCUAUUUCACCUCUCGUCUCUGAGUCUUCUACUGCUGAUUUCCAUGGGAGCAGAAUCGGGUACAAAUAUCUGCUCUCCACUGCAGAGUAUCACAUACAGCAAGUACAAGGAGAAACGAAAGCUUUCUCCAAGUAGUGGAAUUGGGGCUAUUUAUAAAUUGGCACAUGUCAGAAAAGGAGGCAGCUCUUUGUAGUGGAGCUGCAAAGAUGAUCGCAAUAGGUCUCCAAGUUCUCCUUACCAUCCUUCUUUGUAGCACAGUAACAGCGGGGCAUCCUCCAGGCAUCCUGGAGUACCAUGAAGAACCAAAAUAAUUUGUUUACUAAAUGAGUGAUACACGGGCCCAGAUUUACCAAGGGGAACUAAAGAGCAGGUGCCUCCCGUCCCCUCUCCGCUGCCUUCCCUGAACCUGCAGGCAGGGCUGGGUUCACUCUGCUGCCGCCUUAGGACGGAAUGACAAAGUUGGCAGGUGAGGACCAAGGUCAGGACACCGUAACUCUGGCAAUUUUCCCCAGCUGUGCUGGAGAACUCCUCUGUGACCUUGAGCACGUUCUGUCUCUGCCUCUGGCUUUUCCUCUCUCAGAUGAGGCUUACUGAGGAGGUUUUGUAUGUUGCAUUUGUAAUUUGUUUUAACCGCUUUCAGUGGAGGAUGCUGUGUGAGCCCAGUGCCACUGAAAUCCCUUUCUACUAAGGUGAAAUGGGAGUUUGACGGGCCCCAGAAGGAAAAAAAGCAUUUGUAUAGUCAGAUGUUGAACACAGGAAAAGCUUAGGGUUGCCAUGCUAUUUAUUUCUCUCCGCAUUCAGCUGUUCUCUGCAGGAUUUAGUUUUUCUCUGUUUAAUGAUGUCCUUGAACAGAAACAAUGUCUUUGCCUAUGCUUGAUCACUUAAUAAAACCAAGAAAGAGCAA